AUGGAAUCGCAUGGGAGAAGAAAGAAGUCGAGAUCUAUCGCCGCUUUGGUGUUUUUAACCAUUAUUGGUGUAGGGUUUUUGUUCUUCGGGCUGGUUACUAUCACAUGCGGGUUUAUUGUGAAUUAUCUGGAAGAUUUCGAGGUCACAGAUGGUGGACAAGCUUUGGAAUCGGCAGUGGAAUCAGAGUUUGAUUACACUCAGUAUUGGCUUGGAUUUCCAGUUAGUAAAACUAUGGUUUCUAUGUUAUAAUUAAGUACUAGUGAAUUUCAGUAAUUUAAAAGCCAGCAGAUAGAUGGUGGCCAUUAAUAUCAGAGUAAGAAAAUAAUGUUAAUAUACUCCUAGCUCAUUAUUCAUGGUAGUAUACAAAUUUGGUGAUAAAUAAAUAAAAUCGAAAGGCAUAGAUUAUAGAAGGGGUUUUGUAUUUCCCUCAAGAUUUCAAACCACAAAAACUCUUCAAUAGUUAAUUCUGUCAAGUGAGAUGCCCAAUGCUAUAGGUUAUAGAUUUUAUGUUAUAAUUUUGACUUUCUCUUAUAAGCUUCCAGAUGCAGUUCUGAUGCUAGACUUCGUGACUAGCAUCUGUUGCUACGAUUGGUGGUUUUGAGCUAAAGGCCCUGUCACACUAUUGCAUAUCGUACUAGCGUAUGCCAGCCUAUGAAAAAUAUCACUCAUAGUACCAUACGCUGACAUACGCUAGGGGUACGUUAGGCAUUUAGGUUGUAUACGUUUCAAGCACGAUCGCAUACGGUGGCAUACGGCGAGACAGAAACAUUUUUUUAAGCAUGCUUAAAAAUUUUGGGCGUAUUCAGACGUAUGGCUUAUACGAUAAGCACACUCUAAGCACACGCUGAAUACGCUAGAGGUACGCUAGAGGUACGCUAGAGGUACGCUAGAUGUACGGUACUCAUGCGCUGGCAUUUCAAGGGAUAUUUCAUGUAAUUUUGUGCCUAUGAAAAUUAUUUCAUUAAUUUUCAGUUCCCUAGCUCAAGCAUUUCUUACAAAUCCUCCAAAACCAAUGCAAAAUUCCUACUGUAAUCAGAGAAACGUUGAUAGUACAUGUAAACGAUGCUUAAAGCCUUGGCUUAAUGGUGAAACGAGGGUAUUGGCACGGUCACGCGACCUUUUAGCUGCUAGUCUUAAUGCUUUCCCAACAUUGGAACAUUCAUUAAUUAAAUUAAACCUUUGUCUUCUUAACCAGACUGUCAAAUCUCAUCACCUCUCGUGUGCGUUUGAUCACGGCUUAAUUACAUGCGAUUUUUCCGCCUUCCCUAAGAGCGACUCCAUCGCUGUGUAAAUUGAAUUUCUCGCUUGGCAAAAUCUCAGCCAUGAUCUCUUCGUUCAAACCGAGAUACUGAACAAGAUCAUUGAAAUGUUUUGCUUGCUCUUCAGGAACUUUCGGCACAGUUGCGGGAUUCUCUGGAGUCGCAAUUUUCCUCGCGCGAAGAUAAUCCAAAAUUAUCACAAAAUACUGUUGUAAAUGCACUAAGUAUGAUUCUCACUUUACAAAAGAUGAGCUAAUUUUUAAAUGUAAGCGAAAGCACUAUAUAGUCUGUUCUGGGAAAACAAUUGCAAAAUCUGACAAUCUGUUACAGAUCAGUGCUUUUUAUGCAAAUGCUGUAAUCUGAUUGGGAGAAUUCGAUGAAUAAUCACGAACAUAUUCAUAUUUCAAAAUAGACCUGUCGAGUGUCGAUAUACCCUUUAUUUUAUUUAGAAAUCUUUUGUGUUGCGCGUGUAUAAUCUGUUUAUUAAAUCAGUGUGUGUUAUAUAAAUUCUCACUAGUCUAAACUUCAAACUGUUGGUUCUCAGUGUAGGUAGUGGUCUUGAAAUACACGCCCUUUGUGGUAGAUUCUCACUAGUCUUAACUUCAAACUAUUGGUUCUCAGUGUAGGUACUGGUCUUGAAAUACACGUCCUUUGUGGUAGAUUCUCACUAGUCUAAACUUCAAUUCGUUUAAUUAAAAAUUGUUGUCGUUUAAUUAAAAAUAUCUAAAAAUAAAAGACAGAUAUUGUCCUCAACUAGGCCUACUACAUGUAAAUGUUGCGACUAAAUCAUGGUCACUGAUGUGAAAUAGUCCGGAUUUAUCUUGUCUUUUGUGUGCUGUAUGCAAAUCAGUAUUUUACUGAUUGCAGAUAUAAAUUGACAAUGUGUUAUUACAUCCGCUAUCUUGACAUGGUUAUACAAUCGCCCAGAUCAAAUGGAAACCUGAUUUUAGUGUUAUAUAUAAAACUACUCCUCUUUUAAUUAUAAUAUCAUUUAUUAAUAAGAAACAAUUUGGCUGUUCAGUAUGUUAAUAUCUUAUCAGUUUCAUAUUCUUAUUUAAUAAUUAACACUAUAACGCCUGGGAAUCUCCAUAAUAUUUGACGAGUAAAAAUAAAAAUGGGGGGGGUCAAAGAAAAAUAUUUUCAUAUGCAGGGAGGACACCAUUAAAUUUCUGCUCUUUUAAGGGGGCUUUCAAUUUUAAAAAUUUAGGAAAGAAAAAAUUCACCUCCCCCCUUCCAUAAAUAAUGACUGGUCCCUUAAUCGAAAUGAAGAAAUUGUAUUAGAAAUUGUGUAAGUUGCAUUGACGGAUAUUCGAGCAUACAGAGUGAUGCAGAUUAAAUACCUUGCUUAUAAACCAUGCGUGGUAUUUCCACAAAAACAAAACAAUUAUACUCUUAACAGCCUGAAAUUAUACAAGGAACCGAAGAUUCUUUCGUCUACCUAACAUAAUUCGUCAAAUAUUUUAUCAACAGGACGUCGGGAAGAAAUUUUAUAAAUGUUGUGCGAUGAAAACACGGAAUAAAACCCCAACAUUACUAAGCAAGAAAUUAAAUCAAAUUGCAAACAUGGACAAUUUAGACCAAAAAUAAAAUUCAUUUGAGAUAGGUGACGAACCAAGUAUUUCAUCAAAUACGAUUAUAUGCAUUCUAUUUUUAUGAUAUCAGUAAAAAAAUUCAACAUGUGUUAGAUAAACUUAAUAUUCUAUCCCCCAAACUACUUGUUCAAAGCAAGGGUGUGGGCUUUAUGCUAAUUUUAUCUCAAAAUCAAAAUUACCUAGCUUAUUAUGUCAAAAUAUACACUCCAGCAUGUAUAUUAUUCAUCCUCGACUCCACGAUCCUCAACCAUCAGUCAAGCUCAAUUUUAUCUUCGAAUGCUGCUAAAUGUAGACAACACGUAAUACACUGCAGUCACAGAUGCAAUGUCACACUCAAAUAUAAAACACACCUACGUUUGUUUUUUCCUUCUCACAAGAAUAAAGACCAAUUAAGAAGUGAUGAUGCGGUUUUUCCGACUACAUACAUGAUGAUUUUACGGAAAUCCAGUACUAGUAUAACACUGGAAUUAUCUAAUCCAGUACUAGUAUAACACUGGAAUUAUCUAUACGUUGUCGUUGUACAAACGUGUAAUCUGUUAUGUCUAAGUAAAGUAGCUCUAUACGACCAAGGGCUAUUAUUUUCCCAUGAAAAUACUGACAGUGCUGCUAGUGAAAAUGACCAAUCUAUUAAACCGACUAAAAAAUACACUACAGACACGUAAAGCUUAUAAAUUCCUCUUUCAUAUACCAUUUCAAAUUCCUUCAGAGCUAGAGACCAUAUAUAAAUACAGGUUUUAAUAUAACAAUUAUAAAAAUUAUCAUAACAUAUGUACACAUGAAAUGCCAUAGCGAAAAAAAUGCAAAUAAGUCAGUCCAUAUGAUUAUUAAAAUAACAAUAUAAUUAAUUUUCUCCCUUUCACUCAUGGAAUUGCAAAAGCCUUCACAAGAGAACAGAUAAAUAUACAUUCCAAUGUAAAAUUUAUCAUACGAAAUACUUCAAACGCCAUUCACAUGAUGGUAAAAAAAAUGCAAAACAGAAAUAUUUUCGAACAAUGUCUUUCGGACCACCUAUGGCGAUAAUUUUUCUUUUUCAUUUCGGAAGGCAUACCAACAAGCCAAGUCGAACAACACGAAACUGCGAGGCAAAUUUCAGCCAUGGAAUCGCAUGGGAGAAGAAAGAAGUCGAGAUCUAUCGCCGCUUUGGUGUUUUUAA